UCUGUCGCGCAUGCACCUGUCGUCAUUUGUUGUCAUUUGCACCAUGCGCAGAGAUUGGCGAUGGCGUACACGCGUGCCAUAAAUAUAGCCAUUCAGCCAACGGUCACGGACUUUAUACCCUCCUGAUACUAAGCUUUGCUACAAUCAUUAUAGACUCUAAUGAGAAGCGCGAUACUUUCUAAAUCCCCUCGGAUCCCGAUGACUUUACAUUUUGCAAUCAGACACGAAGCCAGAAUCACUUUUACUGAUUUUUCAGCCGGCAUCGCGUCCGAUGUUAUAUCAUAAACCAGGUGAGCGCGGGAGAUGGCGGUCAGUGUCGUCGAAUAUUUUCUUCUCGUGCUUGUCAUCUUCUUCCUUCAGUACCGUGAUGUGACAGCACAAAACAAAACCGUAAAGGACCUUUUCAACAGUACUUCUUGCGCAAAACCACCGUACAAGUGCCCUCAUUCACAAAUUGAGUUUUAUUUGUACACAAGGAAAACUCAAAAAGACCCAGAAGUUCUGGACGUUCGAAAAUUUAACUCACUUCUGUACUCGCGCUUCAACAAAUCACAUCCUACGAAAAUCAUUAUACACGGAUUCGGAGGAGGGAGAAAUUUAGCACCGAGCACUGAUCUUCGAAAUGCGUUUUUCACUCGCGGUGAUUACAAUAUAAUAAUCGUCGAUUACGGUUCUUUGGUACGGGAGCCCUGCCUUUCACAAAUACGUUGGGGUCCAGAUUUCUGUUCACGAUGUAUUGCUCAGUUGGUAAGGUACUUGAGAGAUCAUCCCCGUGGCACUCGGGUCGAGGACAUUCACAUGCUUGGGUACAGCGUGGGCGCUCAUAUCGCUGGACUUGUGGCAAAUUACUUACCCGAUGACAAACUGGGGAGAAUAACGGGGCUCGAUCCGACGAUAUUUUUUUACAUGAACGGAAACAGGUCGAUGGAUUUGGACGACACCGACGCUCAUUUUGUCGAUGUGAUCCACACGGGAGCAGGAAUCCUAGGACAGUGGGGCCCAAACGGCCACGCGGAUUUUUAUGUGAACGGUGGAUCAAGUCAGCCCGGAUGCGCCACGACCUCUCUACUUCAAACUCUGUCCUGCGACCACACCAAAGUGACACCUUACUACAUCGAAUCCAUCACGACGAAGGUAGGAUUCUGGGCAGCCCCAUGCGGAAACCUCUUCUCUUACCUGAUCGGAUGGUGCAACCCAACAGACGAAGAAUACGUGCUGAUGGGAGAAGAUACGCCACAUUCGUAA